CAGGAGGAAAGCAGCAAAUGCUCAGCAAUGGAUGUGAGGGUGGUCUGCUUCCUGCUCCUUUGGGCUGUGCACUUCUUCCUGGCCACACCACACAGUGCUCUCAGGGUUCUCGGUAGGGAAUCAAAGACUGGUAAUGAGCAAGAUGCCUGUAUAAAUGUCAUUCCCUGCCAAGACAAUGGAGCUAUUUGUAUUCAGCCUUGUUCUCCCUCCUUCCAUGGGGAGACAAGCUUCGUCUGUGAAGACAGAAAGUGGCAAAUGUUGUCUGAUGCUUGUGCAAACUUGGAUGUUCAGUCCCUUUUUCAGAGGAUAUCUGAAAGUGGACUCCUUCCAUGCUCUGGAGGACAUGUUGCUGGAGAACAUCUUCCUUUUGUAGCAGGAGGAAAGCCAGGGCAUGGGAAGCCUGGAGAUGGGCCAAAACAUUUUGGUGCUGAUGACCAUGGGAAUAGGAGCUGCCAAGCUGAUUUUUCGUGCAUCAUCCCAGAUAUCCUGUCUUCACCAGCCAUUCCAGGAAACAUAGCUGAUAUAGUGGAUUUGCUGAAGAAGAUUUCUCUGCUGUUAUCAGAGAAUGUCACUAGAGCAAAAAUGCAGAGCUACAGCAGGAUAGCAAACCAUAUUCUGAACAGCUCCAUCAUUUCCAACUGGGCUUUUGUAAGGGACAGAAAUGCUGGUUCAGAAUUACUGGACUCAGUGAAUUUAUUUGCUGGGAAGCUCCUUCUAAGGAACGGGUCGGAAAGUGUGCAGGAGCCCUUCAUCGCUACGAAAGGCUACAGCAUACACAGAAACACUUCAGGAACGAGCUUUGAUUUUUCUAUGGAGUUCAACAACACAGGCAACAUCACUGGGCACGUGGUGAUCCCAGAAGAAGAGCUUCUGAAGUUGCCCAGAGCUUCCAAGGCCAUCAGCAUCGCGUUCCCAACGCUCGGGGCCGUCAUGGAGAGCGCCCGGUCAGACCCCGGGUUUGUGAACGGGAUGGUGUUGUCGGUGGCUCUGCCGGAGGAGCUCCAGCGGGUUUCGCUCACCUUUGAGAAGGUGAAUAAGCUGGAGCAGGUGGAGGCCCAGUGUGUGGGGUGGCACUCUGCUGAGCGGCGCUGGGACAGCCGGGCGUGCAGGACGCAGUCGGACACCGUCAGCAGCGUGGUUUGUGUCUGCUCCCACCAGCGCCGGACCUACAAGUCCUUCUCCAUUCUGAUGUCCCCCGCAACGCCGCGGAGCGUGGCACUGGACUACAUCACUAGGGUGGGCUUAGGCCUUUCCAUUCUCAGCCUGGUUCUCUGCCUUGUCAUUGAGGCUGUUGUCUGGCACCACGUCACAAAAACUGAAAUAACCUACAUGCGCCACUUCUGUUUGGUCAACAUCGCUGUGUCGCUGCUCGUUGCUGAUGUUUUGUUCAUCCUGGCAGCUAUUGUGCACAAUACAGCCCUGAACUACCAGUUGUGUGUAGCAACCACUUUUUUCCUUCACUUUUUCUACCUUGCCUUGUUUUUUUGGAUGUUUACACUGGGCCUCUUGAUUCUCUAUGGAUUAUUAUUAAUUUUUUUUAAGGUAACGAGAUCUGUGUUCCUGGCUGCAGCAUUCUCUAUUGGAUAUGGAUGUCCCUUGGUCAUAUCUGUCCUCACUGUUGCCAUCACUGAACCAAAGAAUGGAUAUUUAAGGAGUGGAGCCUGCUGGCUCAAUUGGUAUGAGACAAAAGCCCUUUUGGCCUUUGUUGUGCCUGCUCUGAGCAUCAUUGUGGUGAAUCUGGUGGUGGUGGUGGUGGUUGUGGUGAAGACUGGGAGAUCCUCUGUUGGAGAAGGCUGCAAGUCACAAGAUUUGAGCAGCAUGAUCCGAAUCAGCAAAAAUGUUGCCCUUCUGACCCCUCUUCUGGGUCUCACCUGGGGGUUUGGAUUGGCCACGAUUCUUGACAGCCGAUCCCUGGCGUUCCACAUCACAUUCGCGCUGCUGAAUGCUUUCCAGGGAUUCUUCAUCCUGUUGUUUGGGACACUUCUGGACAGAAAGACAAGAGAAGCCUUAAGGAUGAACUGCCUUUCAUCAAGACGGAAGUGGGGUCUAGAAAAGUCCUAGCAGUGGACAGUUGUCUUCAGUGGAUCUGACCAGCGAGAAGAAAACGAGCACUUCUUGCACAGAAGUCCUGGUUUGAGGUGAGCUGAAGUGUCUGACCAGCUCGGAGCAUGGACAGCACUGUCUGGGAGCACAACCACAGGAAGCAUCAUGAAAACCAGAAGAGAAAAGGCCUCGAACCUGCUGUCAGGAGCAGGAAACCAUCAGUGUUGCUGCAACCCUUGGAGGAAACAUGCUGAUACAUCAAGCUUGUUUCUCACCUUUGUGAAAACUGCUGUGAGGAGAGUUUGUCCUCAUUUGCCAUUUCAGUGCUUCAAUUUCUUUCUUUUUUUUUUUUUUUAUGUCAGUGCAAUAUGGAACUGUACAGUAUGUGGAACUGUUCUAAAAUUAUUUAAUUUUUAAUAUGUACAAAUGUUGAGCAUUAUCUAGCUACUUUUGGCUGUCUUUUGAACAAAACCGAUUCUAUUUGGUGUCACUGUGUUCAUCAUUUCCAUUUGUCCUCUCAGACUGAUGGAUAACAUAACUUUAUUGCUGCAUUACAGCUGUUCUCUCCAUCUCUGUACCUGUGUGUCAGAGCAAUUGUACAAAGCCCUUUUCUAGUCUGUUAGGACAGAAUUUUUGUUCUUUUUCCUGUCCUACAAGGCAAUGACAGAGACAAAUAAUAAAGAGGACUCUGCAAAUAAAUCAGUUUCCUUCUUUAAAUGUGGGAAAGCAAGCUUGGAAUAUUCUUCAGAGUUGAAUCAACAGUUGAUGGACAUCUCCUGAGCAAUGUCCUAAGCAAGGAAAUGGUUUUUCCAUGUGAGAUGGAGUAUCUGGUUUCAGUAGAAAAUCUGUCCUUGGUCUGAGAAACCCUUCCUAAUGAAGGCUUUGAUAGAAACAUUAUUGUCUG